AUGGCGGACAUUAGAGAGCGUAACGUAAAAGAUUCGAUACCAUCGACGGACGAAGAUGAAAUUUUAGAAGAAUUAGAAAGAAAUGAAGAAUUAACAGAAAAAGCCAAACAUUUAACAAAAAAUGAUUUAAAUAAAAUGAGAGUGAAUUCAAAACAAUCAUUUUCGGAUGAUGCACUCAUAAGACAGUGGAAAAUAAAUCAAAUACCUAAAUACGGACGUAGAGCGAGGACGAAACCUAUUUUAGAAAGGAAAAAUCAUAAAAAAUUCGAAUGCCUUUGCGAUAUCGAUAAAUCAUUUUCACGACAUUACAUACCUCAUUUUGGUGGGGGAAUCAAACGCGAAAAUGAAGAAUUUUUAACUCCUCAUUUUAUUGCUUAUUGGAAAAAUAUUCGAGAAGGGGUUACAGAAAUAGACGAAUGGAAAGAAGCUUGUAAACAUAAAGAAGAAGAAGAACCAAAAGCUGAAAAGGGUCUUUUAUUUCAUCCCCUACCUAAAUUUCCAGGUUAUUCAAAACGUGAUAUAAAAAAUUUCAGAGAACAACUCGUUUCAUCUUUUCGACCUUUAAAUUGUAGAGAAAUAAGAAGAUUUCGCAUACCAUUUUCCGAAGCACUUUAUUUAGAAUUACAAGAAGAUAGAUUUUUCGAUUCGGCAAAAUUUUUCAAAAGUUUAAUCAUACAAGAUUAUUUAGCGAGUAAUCGUAGUAAUUACGUACCCACAUUAACACGUCACAGAAAUAGAAUGCAAUAUUUAGUACAAUUUUUAAAACUAGCAGAAAAAUUUUCUAAAAGAAAAGAAUAUCAUAAGGAAGCAAUCGUUCUUCUCAAAAGUGGUAAAUAUUUUAAUGAUCAUAACGAUUCGUGGUGGUGGCUAUCGGAAGAAUUAUAUAAAAAAGCAGUUAAAGUCAGUCAAAAAAGUGUUAUAGACGGUGGAAAAUCAGAAGCCAUUUCAAGAUACAUAUUUGGAACAUUUUUACUCGAAUGCGUUAAUCUUGGACAACUCGCACAAGAACAAUUGUCCAGAGCUAAAGAAUUAUCCGAUGGUAAAGAUUGGAACGCAGAAUCGAUAUUGCAAAAAAAACAAGAACCUGUUUUUAAAGAAUGUUCUAAUUAUCUUUGUCAAGCAUUGAUAACGGCUAGUAAAGAAUUAAGAAAUAAUAAAAAACCAGAAGAUGCACUCCCACUCAUACACAGAUCGUAUAAAAUUUGUUUGGAAUCAAACGCACUACGAAACGACAUCAUUAUGGAAACCUAUUUCGAAUUGGGUAUGACGUAUAAAUCAUUAGGUUUGAUUGAAUGGGCAAAAGUUGCGUUUAAAAAAUUUAUCGAAAUUGCUAAAUUUCAAAACAUACCCAAAAGCAUAUGCGACGGUUAUCUUGAACUCGCUCUAUCCUAUCGAGGGGAAGAUGAUUUAUUACGUUGCCAUCAUUGUUUGGUCAAUUAUUUAGAAACUGCGAAAUUUCACGAAGAUGAAAAUUUAAUUGCGUUCGGAAAUCGUUACAUAGGAGAAUUUCAUUUAAACAACAAUGAUUUUCCCUCGUCUCAGGGAGAAACUCAAUUGGCCGAAGAAUUUUUAAGAAAUGCUUUCGAUUCUUAUAUGAAACAAUAUCGUGAAUGUUUAACGACGCCAUUGGCAUCUUGGAAACCAGAACAUUUCACGCUUCAACACGACGUCGAACUUACGAGAACUUUAAUCGGUUUGGCAAAAGAUUUAUUCGAAUCCGAUAUAAAAGAUUUACGACCGGAUGCUUUGUUGGACGAAAUUGAAGAAUUUUUAAAUACUUCGUUGAAUAAAAACGAUGCACGUUUACCGUAUCAGGCACCGUCGGAAGAAGCCGGUCCUAAAUCUGUGAGAUUUGCCGAUGGUGUCAAUGCCGAGGAAAAUGCGUAA